GCCCUGCCCCGUGGUACUGCCUGGCCACUGAACCUGCCCUGUCCCACAGAAAAGGGUCCCUGAGUCUAGGACCCCUGGGGCAUCUGCUCCCCCUCUGCCUCUUGGGCGCCCUGGGCUCCCCCAACCUCCCUGCCUUGGUUUUCCAGCUGGAGAGCAGGCUGGCAGCAUGGGAAUGGGGUGAUGGGCAAUCAGGAGGUCUCCAGAAGUUUGGGGAAGGAUGGACAUGAAGAAGGAUGUCUGUGGGCUCUGGGUGUGGCUUGAUCCUGGCCACCUCCUGGGCUCCAUCCCAUGAACCCGGACCCACUCCAGCAGUGGGGUCUGAGCCUGCUGCCACCAGCCUAAGAAGCCACCACCCCUUUGAGGGCACCGGGCUGUGGCUCAGCCUGGGGUAGAACACCAACACAACCAUUCUCUGGCACUGAGGAUCCUGAGGCAGGAUCUGUCCCACCACUGACGGACCCUAGGACCAAUGGGAACAGCCAGGAGGGGGCCCCUGUGAUGUGUGUCACACUCCUCCCCAUACAGGCUGGGCACGGGGCAGCACUUUGUCCUGGUGUGCUCUGGGCUGGGUCUCACACAAGGCUGCAUUCGACUGGAACUGGGGGGGACAGGGCCAGCACUGUCACCUAAGCCGGGCACAGGUUAUCCCUGCUCUUGUGUAACCUGUUGCAUAAAGCUGGCGUGGGCAGGAGUGCUGCCAGCAGUGGGGGCUAUAAAGUGGGUGCAGCCUCUCCUGCCCACAUCCACUCUAGGGUGAGGAUGACAGCAGCACUGCCCAGCCUGGUUCUAGCCCUGCUCUGCCUGCUGCAGGCAAGAGCCCAGGUCCCUGUGCAGCCGGACUUGGACACCAAGAAGUUUGCAGGGGAGUGGCAUGUCACAGCCAUUGCUUCCAACUGCUCCAUCUUCCUGAAGAUGAAGGAUGGGAUGAAGUCAUCCAUGGCCAUUGUGAGCUUCACACCAGAAGAGAACCUGGCCAUGAAGUUGGUCUGGCCCCUGAUGGACAAAUGCCAAGAGUUUGAGCUGCUCUUCCAGCAGAGCGGGCAGGCGGGGCACUACAUGGUCACCUCUGGGGUCCUUAGGAGCACAAGAGAAGAGGAAUCUGAGUGUGAUGGAGACAGACUACAGCCACUAUGCUGUCCUCCACGGCGUCCAGCACAGCGAGGCAGAGCCCAGCACAGCGCUGCAACUCCUCAAUCAAUGCACCGGGGACAUCAGGGUGGAGCCCGCUCGGCAGACCCUGCGUGCCCCAGCGAAGGUGGGGAGGCCGCCACAGGCCCCGCGGGUCAGGCUGUGUCUGCGAAGGGCUGGAUUUCGGCAGGAUCCCAGCAGCUGCUCUGGGGCACGUUUCAGCCCGGUCAGAAGAACGGGUCACCGAGGGCCUUGCAACUAAAAGAACGGGGGAAAUCCCAAAUUUCAGCAGCGGUGCAACGGUUCCUGUAACUCCGUUUUGGGGCUGGCAGGCACAAGCCCCGCUCUGCCCCAGGGAUUUGUUCACCCUUGGCUGCCCUGCGGAUCCACCCCUUGCCCAAGCCAAGCCCAAGAGCGUUCCCGUAGGGCUCGGCACGGCUCCAGCGGGGUAGCGGAUGGAGGAAGCAUGGCUGUACAUCCGACAGCGCCGGCACCACUCCCCAUCCCACGGCUGAAGGCGGAGGAGCUGAGGC